CAAGCGUCAGUACAGGACUAAACUGAAUCAAAACCCGUAUCUCCGAUGAAUCCAGACGUAAAUUAUUUUUUAACAAAGAGUGAUAAUGCCUAAAAUAAGCUCGGAUACUUUAUGGGACAUUGCUGCAGCUGAAGUGCGCAGCAGGGAGAGCAGGACUGAUGAAGAGGAGGAGGAUGAAGAGGACGCGCACUUUCCCACACAGAGAACAGUCUUCUUCAUGGGCAGUAAAGCAGGGGGCAAGACAACAAUAUUACUGCGGUUUCUUGAUCGAGAUGAAACCGCUAAACCUACUCUUGCACUGGAGUACACUUUUGGUAGACGUGCAAGAGGGCAUAACACGCCUAAAGACAUCGCUCACUUGUGGGAACUGGGAGGAGGAAUGUCCUUAUCAGACUUAGUGCAGAUUCCCAUCACGGCUGACAAUGUCAGCUCUUUGUCUGUAGUUCUUGUUCUGGAUCUGUCUAAACCUAAUGUUCUUUGGGAGACCAUGGAUAAGCUGCUUGAUUCAGCUCGAAGUCAUGUGGAGAAAGUGUGUGCCUCACAUCAGAAGACUGGAGAAUCCAGAUCUGGCAAACAACGAGUCCCACGAGUCCUCCACAAGGACUAUCCGGACAGAGAGCUCAUAAGCCCUUUCCCUGUUCCUCUUCUCAUAGUUGGAAGCAAGUUUGACAUCUUUCAGGACUUUGAUUCAGAGAAGAGAAAGGUGAUUUGUAAGACUCUACGCUUCAUAGCCCACUUCUACGGAGCCUCAUUAAUCUUCACCAGCAGCAAGUCUGAAGCUACAAUGUCUAAAAGCAGGAGUUUUGUUAAUCAGCUGGCAUUUGGGACUGAAAGACCAAAGUCAAUCUCUACUGACCCCAGCAAACCUCUGGCAGUACCAGCAGGCUUUGACUCCCUCAGUCAGAUUGGGCCGCCUGUAACCUCCGAUGUUGAUAUUGGGACUCUUCAUGCCAAAAACCCCAUAGACCUUUGGAAAAAGGUUUUUGAGAGGGUUUUCCCACCUGAGAACAUCAAGGAACGUAAGGAGCUGAAAGAUCCUGCCAAAGACCCCCAGUACAGUGAGCCCCUUAUAGACUCUAUCAGAGCUCAGAAAGACCAGGAGCUGGAGCAGUACAAGAGAGAACAAGCAAAGUCAUGGAAAAGUUUGGCUCUAGAUCCAUAGACUUCAUUCAAAACCCUUUAGAAGACCUACAUCUGUAUUAAUGCAUUGUACUGGACUUCAUCCACUUUCCAUUGUGUACCAUAAAGAAUGAAAUGUCUUCAUGUAUGAAUAUUGCUAUUAUGUAUAAUGGUAAUAUGGCUGUCUGUGUGGUUAACCUUUGUAGCUCAUAUUUCUUUUUUGUAGUUGAAUACAAUUUGGAGAAUGCAUUUUGUGAAUGAAUUAUUAAAUGCAUUAUUUUGAAUAUUGCCCUAUCAAAGCAUUCCUUGUGAAAUAUCAAAUUAUUUCAGCUGGACAUAUCACACAGCUCAACUCUGAAAUUAAACAAAAACUUAUAUUAA